GGGCCGUCCGGGCCGGGACGAGCCGCGGCGUCUAUGGGGCCUGCCAUGCCGGGAGCGAGCGCCGAGGCAGAGGCUCCGGCGUCAUCAGGCGGAGGGGCGGGCGGCCCGGGGCCCCAGGAGCCGGCCCAGGCCGGGAACCAAGCCGGCGUGCGGGACCUGCUGCUGCAGCUUCAGGACCUUCAGGCAGAGCGCUCCGAGGCCUUUGGACUCCUGGACCAGGGUCACCAGGCCUACUUGAGGAGUGGUCCACACUAUGACUUUCCUCGCUACCGGCAGCUGGUCCACGAGGUGACCAAGGCCUUUGCCGGCAUCUCCCGAGAAGUGCUGGCCAUCCAGGAGCAGCUCAGGGACACCCAUGGGCGGCCUGACCUCGCCCAGCACCUGGCCCGUCUGCAGGACCAGGAACAGCAGCGCCUGGAGCUGACAGCAGCUCUUCAGCUGGCCCGGCAGAAGGCCCAAGAGGAGCCAGGGGCUGCAGCCCCCAGAGAGGAGGUUCAGGAGCUGCGCCAGAGGAUAAUUAAAACCAUGGAGGUAAUCAGUGAGAUUGUCCAGGACCUGAAGUAUGAUUCGGAAGAGGCUGAGUGAUGUUUGGCCCCAAGGGAGAUGGGAAACGCUAGAAGGAGAGGCGCCCCUCAGCCUCCUCUGGGGUCACCGGGCUCCGGGCUGGGGGAUGGGAGGGCCUGCUCGGGGCCCUCACCCCCUCUGGAUGUGACCUUGCCCUGCAGGGGGAGGAGGCCAUCUCUUUCUGGCCCUUAGGGCAACGUCCCCAUUGGGCUCCUACUGGUCCCAUCUGUUUGCCACAAUAAAGUGUUCUCUUUUCUCUCCCUC